AUUAACCAAAAUUACGAAAAUCUACGGAGAAAAAUCCAGAAAAGACAAAUGCUUUAUGCUUGAACUUCAAUAUUUUAAUAAUUAUCAACAGUGUUUUGUUCAUGCAAGGUCUAUAAAUUUAUGCGCAAGAACAGGUCUCAUCACUGCGGACUGUUGUUUGAGUGUAGCUGGAGACACCCUUCACUCUCUAUUCUAUUUUCUUCUACGCUCCACCCUUCACAAGAGUAGAGCCAGGCAAAAAUGGCGGCUUCGUCGUCUGCGCAACCGCAGUUCAUCACCAGCACGGGAAGUCGAAAUCCUCAGAAUGAGCCGCUAAUCGACGACAUCGAAUAUGAUCAGAUUGUCGUACCCGAUAGGAAAAGCUGGAAAAACUUCUUCGCUUACAUGGGUCCUGGGUUUCUUGUUUCUAUUGCAUAUAUUGAUCCUGGAAACCUUGAGUCUGAUCUGCGGGCAGGAGCUCUGUACAAGUAUGGGUUGCUUUGGGUCAUACUAGUGGCUUCAUGUUCUGCACUCAUUAUCCAAUCCCUGGCAGCGAACCUAGGGGUUGUUACAGGAAAGCAUUUAGCAGAGCACUGUAGAAAUGAAUAUCCAAAGGUGCCAAAUUUCAUCUUGUGGAUUAUUGCUGAAAUUGCUAUAGUUGCAUGUGACAUUCCCGAAGUGAUUGGAACUGCAUUUGCACUGAACAUGCUGUUCAAUAUACCAAUAUGGUGUGGUGUUCUUCUUACGGGGCUCAGUACAUUGGUUCUUCUAGCAUUGCAGCGAUAUGGGGUGAGGAAGCUCGAGUUCUUCAUUGCUUUCCUGGUCCUUACCAUUGCUGCAUGUUUCUUUAUGGAGCUUGGAUAUGCAAAGCCCAAUGCUUCACAAGUGUUGAAUGGGCUUUUUGUUCCCCAAUUCAGAGGAAGUGGUGCUACUGGCCUUGCCAUUUCACUCCUUGGUUCUAUGGUUAUGCCGCACAAUCUUUUCCUCCAUUCCGCACUGGUGCUUUCAAGGAGAAUUCCACGAUCUUCCAGUGGCAUCAAAGAGGCUUGCAGAUUUUACAUGAUAGAAAGUGGCUUUGCUCUAAUGGUGGCAUUUCUCAUUAAUUUAUCAGUUAUCUCAGUGAGUGGUUCAGUUUGCAAUUCCUCAAAUUUGGGUCUGGAUGAUGAGAAGAGCUGCAAAGACUUGGACUUGAACAAAGCCUCCUUUUUACUUAGAAAUGUUUUGGGCAGAUGGAGUUCCAAGCUUUUUGCAAUAGCUUUGCUGGCAUCAGGUCAGAGUUCUACAAUUACCGGAACAUAUGCUGGCCAGUAUGUCAUGCAGGGGUUUCUUGAUUUACGGAUGAAGCCAUGGGUUCGGAACUUCUUGACUCGAUGCUUAGCUAUAGUACCAAGUCUAAUUGUUGCACUUAUUGGUGGCUCGGCCGGGGCUGGUGAAUUAAUCAUUAUAUCUCAGAUGAUCUUAGCAUUUGAACUCCCUUUUGCUCUUGUUCCACUUCUCAAAUUCACAAGCAGCAAGAACAAGAUGGGGUCACAUGCCAACCCAACUAUGAUUUCAGCAGCCACUUGGAUCAUUGGCUUCCUAAUUAUGGGCAUUAAUAUGGAGUAUAUUGCAGAAAGUUUAGUCAGAAAGCUUCUUCAUAGCCAUAUAAAUCUCGUGGGCACCGUGUUUUGCGGAAUAUUGGGAUUUUCAGGUAUGUUGGUUUAUUUGGCUGGAAUCGCGUACCUAGUCUUCCGGAAAAACAAGGAGGGCACACACCUUCUGGCUUUAACAGCACCUGAAAGUCACCAGAUGUGUAACGAUUCGGUUCAUGCAUCAGUUUAUAGUGUACCUAGAGAGGACAUAGUGAGCAUGCAAUUGCCUCAGAGAAGUCCAGUAGAUAUGGACUGAAGUAUCAUUUGGCCAGUUUUAUAGGAAAAUAGAUCAAUAAGACAUCAUACACACUUUCACAUCUCUCUUCUUUUAUGGAUAUUGGAACACUGUACUCACCCCAUCAGCCUUAUGGCUAGAGGCAUCAACCAGCUCAAUACAUCAAUUGGUUAAUAAGAUUCGCAAGCCCUCCUCCGAGCAGUAAUUGUCUGGAUGGGUUGGCUUUAUGGAUCCCGUCUUUGCUGCCCACUUUUUUGUUCUUUAUACCCGUGUUAUUUUUCUUUGAUUAUCAGAAAGUUAAAAAAAAAUCCGAAGUGAAAGUUGAUUUUGUUGGGUCGAUGUGAAUGUGACUUCAUAAUUGCUCUAUCUUUUACGACGAAUUGAGACUCCCAUC